AGAUGUCAGUACCAAAGUACGUAGCUGAAAAGUGAUCAUGUCUGCGAAACUCAUCGUCUUCCUCGCCAUUGUUGGAGCGACCUACGCUCUUGUCGCUUCUCCUAAAUUCAGGAGGGACGUCGAGAGUGGAGCUCCAGCGUCUAACUCUUCUAAGGCAUCAUCUGGUGAACCAUCUGAGAGUGGAGCUCCAGCGUCCAACUCUUCUAAGGCAUCAUCUCCUGAACCAUCUGAGAGUGGAGCUCCAGCGUCUAACUCUUCUAAGGCAUCUCCUGAACCAUCUGAGAGUGGAGCUCCAGCGUCUAACUCUUCUAAGGCAUCUCCUGAACCAUCUGAGAGUGGAGCUCCAGCGUCUAACUCUUCUAAGGCAUCUCCUGAACCAUCUGAGAGUGGAGCUCCAGCGUCUAACUCUUCUAAGGCAUCUCCUGAACCAUCUGAGAGUGGAGCUCCAGCGUCUAACUCUUCUAAGGCAUCUCCUGAACCAUCUGAAAGUGGAGCUCCAGCAUCUAACUCUUCUAACGCAUCAUCUGGUGGAUCAUCUGAGAGUGAUCAUUCUUCUAGUAGCUCUUCUAAUAGUACUUCUUCCAGUAGCUCUAGCAGUAACUCUACCAGUAACUCUAGCGGUAACUCUACCAGUGCCGAAUCCGCAGCCGCUUCAGCCGAAGCCGCAGCCGCUUCAGCCAAAGCCGCAGCCGAAGCAGCCAAAGCUGCAAAGGAAGCUUCAGCCUCAGCUUCUAGUAGUGCCGCGUCGUCAUCGAAUUUGAGCAACGACAUCCAGAAACAAGUGGAAAAACUCGUUGCUGCAAAUAAUCACACCGCCAUUUUAGACUUCGGCGGUAUCCCUAACUUAAAAUCAUGGCUGUCGCAAAUUGACUUCACCAACGUCACUUUCGUCGCCAAAGUGCCCAAGCUGCGUAGCCUGUUUCUGUUGCCCCCCAUUCUUGGCCUGAGGGAAAGGAUCGGACUGGCCAGGGCUCGUCUGCUGGCUCGCCUGAAUGGUACAGAUGACAUACCAACCGCUAUCCAACGUGCCACCAUCAAGGCUAUCCACGCCCCCAACCCUACCAAGGCUCUGUCCGAUUUGGCUUACACCAUCUUAAACACGUACCACACCUUCGCCGCGAACAGUCCAUUGCUCAUCUUGAAGGCCGCCGUACUUGGAGAGGGAGUACAACUGGUCACCUCAUCGCUCCAUGUUGUGGUCAAAGCUGGUGUUGUAGUUAAGAUCUAAGUAUGGUGUGCUAGUACUGAAUCAACAAUUUAUGACGACGCUCGCUUGAUCAAUGGACGCAGACCAAAAUUGUAAUUUCUGGCUUUACCAGGAAUUCCUCAGCAUUUAUUAUAUUCGAUUUGAUGUGCAAUACUUUAAGUUGCAAUAAAAUUUUUAAAUGCAAUAUGAA